CUCAAAUUCAUUCCAAUAAAAUGAGCAAUAUUCAAGAUAAUGCACAAUUAGAUCAAGAUAAUAACCUUCAAGAUAACCUUGUAUCAAAUCAAGAAAGUAAUCUUGAGGAGUUAAAAGAAAAUACGCAAAUAUCAGAUAUUUAUGUUGGAUUAUCAUUUGAGACUUGGGAGUAUGUCAAGAAGUGGAUCUAUGCAUUUGGUCUCCAACAAGGGUUUAGUUAUAAAAUAAGAAGGAGUGAAUCUGAUGACAAUGGUAUUAUUAGACAAUUUAUCUAUGAAUAUUCCAAAUCUAAAAAACAUGAUGCUCAAAUUAAUGUAGAUCCUACAAAAUGA